GGGGGGAAUACGGAGGCACGUGACUAAGGUGAGAAAGUGUUCCAAGGGGAAUUAUGGAGCAGAGCGUGUUGUGUAGGGCCCAACAACACCAGACCAGUUACCGCCGGGGCGGCUUGGUAACAACAGGGGGAUAAAUUGUAUGAUACACGGCCUGAACACAUGACGACCAGGAGACGACGAUUAAACUAACGGGGAACGGGAAAGGAACGGCGCCGCGCUCCGGUGCACCGUAACACGGUUUUUUGUCGUGUUGUACCAGCGUCUCUUUUGUAAAGGCGCUUUGUGCGUCGGUAAUCCGCUCUGACGUCACGGCUCGGAGGGCGGGGCCGAGUUAAUCCGAGCAGCGAGCAGCAAGUUGUGCGCGAGAGACGAGGACUGGCAGCGAUGGAGAUGGAGAUGGGCAGAGCGGCCCGGCCCACCCCUUCACAGUGACACAGUGCAGGCAGCUGUCAAGAGUGGCGUUCUCUCGAAGAAGGAGGAGGAGGAACAUGUUCUGAGAGCCACACACACACACACACACACACACGGAUCACACUCCAGUCAUGAGCCACAAGCACCAGGCGGAGGGCCUCGGAGACGCAGACGACGACGAGCCCAGCAGCAAAGACCCGGGCCCCCCCCGGAGCCGGCAGCCCAACGGCUCCUCAGCGGAGCGCCGGUCCUGGAGGCCCUGUCAGACGCAGAGCCCGGACGGAGAACCGGGUCUCCCCCACCACCACCACCACCACCACCAACACCCCCCCCAACACCACCCGGCCCCGUCGGCCCGCGGGCCCCCGCGACAGCGCCGGCGGCCCACGUCCGGCACGGGGCCGGCCCAAGGCCAGGGCCGUCCCGCCGAGGGGAUGGUCCCGGACGCCGAGCCACAGCCCGUGUCGCACCCCCGCCCGGGCGUCUCCCGCUACCGGCGCAUGGGCGACCCCAACCCCCGGCUGAGGGGCCCCAGGCAGAGGCCGCCGGGCGGCGAGGCCACGCCCCAGCAGCGGCCCCCCCCCCCGCACGGGCCCCAGAGCGAGGGCCCGUCGGGCCCGGCUCAGCGGGCCUCGCAGCACGGGGAGGGUCCCGAUCAGGCCCUCCCGACGCAGGCCGGGUCCGACCCCCCCGCCCGGGAAGACCCCCUCCCCCGCCCACGCACCGACUCCCCCGUCGUGGAGGAAGACGCGGGUGAGGGGCAGCCAGGGGGGGAGGAAGGGGAAGAGGCGGGGGAGGCGGAGGAGGCGGAGGGAACAGACGGGCAGGAGGGGGUCAACGGAGACGGCCGCGCGGCGGCUGUAGCGGCUGUGGCGGGUCGCCACGGUUACGUCCACGACCACACCCAGGCCUUUGAGGACUGGAGGGAGGACCCCGCGCUGGAAGAGGAGGAGCGGGAGGAGGAAGACGAGGGAGUGCGACGCGGCGGCGCGGAGGAGAGCCUCGCCCCGGAGUCGGAGGCCAACGACCUCUGCUCCGACACGGAGAGCGCCGCCUCGCUGAGCAUGGAGGGCCACCUCCACAGCCCCCCGCCGCUGCACUCCCCCACGCCUCCCUCCUCCCCGGUGGCCUCCCCCUUCCCCCACCUGGACCGGUACGACGAGGACGCCGGCCUGAGCCCCGGCACCCCCGACCAGGACCCUCUCCCGGACCCCGACGAGGACGGCUCGGUCCACUCCGUGUCCUACGCCUACCCCAAGACGUACGCAGACUUUUACUCCGAGUCCCACUCCAAGUCCUGUCCCCAGCCGCUCAGCGAGACCCACCCGGAGCCCUACACCAAGUCCUACCCGGACUCCUUCCCCGAGGCCCUCGUCACCCCGUACCCCGAGCUGGGCCGGGAGCCCCACCGGAGGCGGGGCGGGAGGCGCGAGUCCUGGGACGAGGACGAAGAGGAGUCCUACCGAGAGUCUUCCCCGGAGCGCCGCGGCGGCCCGGAGGACGUGCAGAAGGGCGACCCGGCCUCCCCCUCCGGCCGGGGCAGCCCCCAGCCCCGGCUCUCCAGAGACCUCAGCUCCUUCCAGAGCCACGCCUGCCAGAGCCGCUCGGUGGGCUCCCGGCUGCACCACUACGACGGCCAGUCCGACGGCGAGGGCGACAGCACCGACGGCAGCCUCAGCUCCCGGAGCGCGGCGGCGGAGCGCGGGACGCCCCGGGGGGGGAAGGACGCAGCCCAGGACGGGGGCGCGGCCGUCCCGGCGCCGGCCUGCCAAGGGGACGCCUCCCGGUCCAACGAGCAGGCCGGGCCGGGAGAAGACCCCGGGAAGGGAUCCGGGGACGCCAUCAGCAUGGCCAUCAAAGACAUCAAGGAGGCCAUAGAGGAGGUGAAGACCAAGACGGUGAGGUCCCCCUACACGCCGGACCAGCCCGUGGAGCCCAUCUGGGUGAUGAGGCAGGACGUCAGCCCCACGGAGGAGGGCUACCAGACGACCGGGGGCUGUCACGCCGGGUCCAUGUCGGAGUCUCCCGACCACUACGGCUCGGCGGUGCUGCGGGACCCGGGCAGCCCCGUGGGGCCCGAGUCCUCCAGGGGGUCCCACCACCACCACCACCAACACCACCACCACCAACAGCAGCAGCAGCAGCAGCACUACCACCAACACCACCCUCAGAGCCUGGCCCAGCAGCCCCAGCUGAGGGAUCGCGAGGGAGCCCGGCAGACCCAGCCCUACGUCCAGCCGCAGCCCUACCCGCCACCCGUUCUACCCAAUCAGCAGCAGAGGCCGGCGCCGGCCAAUCAGCCGCCAGCAGGCCAGCCCCCGCCCCCCAGUCUGGCCCAGCAUCCCUCGGUGCAGGAGAUGCGCAGACCAUUGCACUCUUUUCCAACAUUUGUGGAAGUCCCAGGACCAUGUGACCCAGAGGACCUGAUUGACGGCAUCAUCUUUGCUGCCAGCUACUUAGGCUCCACCCACCUGCUGUCUGAGCGCACGCCCAGCAAGAGCGCGCGCAUGCAGCAGGCCCAGGAGGCCAUGCACCGAGUCAGGGCUGCUCAAAAGCAGGCAAAGAACAGGAAGAAGAGUACAGAAGCAGAGACGCCCUCUACUGGCGAGGUGGACCUCUUCAUGUCCACGCAGAGGAUCAAGGUUCUCAACGCAGACACUCAGGAGGCCAUGAUGGACCUGCCGCUCCGGACCAUCUCCUACAUCGCCGACAUCGGCAACAUGGUGGUGCUGAUGGCGCGGGGCAAGAUGGUGCGGUCCCGGAGCGCCACGCAGGAGCCCCUGGAGCCCAGCGGCGAGCAGGAGACCCUGUCCGGGGACGACCGCCGCCUCUACCGCAUGAUCUGCCACGUGUUCGAGUCCGAGGACGCCCAGCUCAUAGCCCAGUCCAUCGGCCAGUCCUUCAGCGUAGCCUACCAGGAGUUCCUUCGCGCCAACGGCAUCGACCCGGAGGACCUGAGCCAGAGGGAGUACAGCGACCUGCUCAACACUCAGGACAUGUACAACGACGACCUCAUCCACUUCUCCAAGUCAGAGAACUGCAAAGACGUUUACAUCGAGAAGCAAAAAGGCGAGAUGCUGGGCCUGGUGAUCGUGGAGUCGGGCUGGGGCUCCAUCCUCCCAACCGUCAUCAUCGCCAGCAUGAUGCACGCCGGGCCGGCGGAGAAGUCGGGCCGGCUGAACAUCGGGGACCAGAUCAUGACCAUCAACGGGACGAGUCUGGUGGGGCUUCCCCUCAACACCUGCCAGAGCAUCAUCAAGGGUCUGAAGUCCCAGUCCAGGAUCAAGAUGAACAUCGUGCGGUGCCCGCCCGUCACCAUGGUGCUGAUCCGUCGGCCCGACCUGCGCUACCAGCUGGGCUUCAGUGUGCAAAACGGCAUCAUCUGUAGUCUGAUGCGGGGGGGCAUCGCUGAGAGGGGAGGGGUCCGCGUUGGCCACCGCAUCAUCGAGAUAAACAGCCAGAGUGUGGUGGCCACACCCCACGAGAAGAUUGUCCAGAUCCUGUCCAACGCCAUGGGAGAGAUCCACAUGAAGACAAUGCCUGCUGCCAUGUACCGUUUGCUGACCGCACAAGAACAGCCCGUCUACAUCUGAGAGCCUGACUACCCCUAUCCUACCCCCUACCAACCUACAUCCUACCCUCUGACCCUACAUCCUACCAUCUGAUCUUAUACCACCUGACCUCUGACCAUCUGACCUCUGAACAUCUGACCUCUUAUCACCUGACUUCUGACCACCUGACGUCUGAUCUCCUACCACCUGACCUCGGCCCACCUGACCUCCGACCCCUGACCUAUGCCCACCUGGCCUCUGAACACCUGACCUCUGACCCCCUACGUCAGACCACACCGCUCACUGGGAUUCCUCGUUCGCUCCACUUCAGCCACAAAACAUCCAAGAUAUUAGCCAUUUUACCAUAUCUUUUUUUUUAUUUAAACAUCACUUUACGUAUCUCGUUUGAUAUCACAAGUAUUCUGUUCUCAACAGCACAGAUUUGCCUUAAUCUGUAUGAGUAUGUGUCAUGUUUAACAUGUAAAUACACAGAUUAUUUCACGGUAGGCGGAGUGUUUAUGUGAUAUGGUUUAUGUAUAACCAAAGAUAAGUUGUGUAUUUUUAUUAUGCAUAUUUAGUUGGAAAAAUAGAAUGAUUACAUUUACCUUAAAUGGUUAUAUGAAUUGAAUGUACUUACAAAUAUGGACCUACACAUCUUGGACCAGAACAUAAAGACAAAUAACUGGAGAGGUUAUAUAUAUAUAUAUAUAUAUAUAUAUAUAUAUAUAUAUAUAUACGGAAAACGCAUGCAAAAGAAACCCUACAUAAUACUUGGGGAAUACUGGAAGUUGUUAUGAUGAAUGAGGGAGUCCUGUUGUUGGUCUAAAGUCACUGUACUGGGUUUGGAGCUAAACACAUUUCAAUAUCAUUCAUCCUGACGGCUAACAGAGAAGGUGAUAGAAAGGGAUAGCCUGAAUUGAUGUAAACGACACAUGUAUUAAUCCAGGCGUGGUUGUCCUCCUUUGUAUUACGUGAAAAAUAAACUCCCCCAAGGCCGCCA